GGCGGGCGGAAGUUGGAUAUAGAGUCUAAUAUAUCCGAUCCCUGCCGGACUACAAAAUAUACAUCAAAUGGCCUUCCAUUUAUGUAUAGACGUAUCAGACGUUGAUAGGCCAGAAAGGACUGCCCAGGAUGAUAUCCACCUAAUUCAUGUUCAGUUCCAUGGCACUGGUCAAAAUGACUUUAAUGUGGAGUAUGAAAAGCACAAAAGCACCCUGCUGACAGAAUACCUGAGAAAACGCGAUGGGCCUGACUUUCACGAAAAUCUUAUGAAGCUGACUUUUAAUAUCACGCCUGUCGAAGAUGCAAAUAACUUCUGCCUAAGCGUUUUGGAAAGGGGAAUAUUUUGUCGUCAACGUUCAUACCUCUACUUAGGCCACUCAGAUGAGCAGUUGCGAAAAAAAUCUUGUUACUUUAUUGCAGCAACACAUAAAGAAAUCCACGGUCUCUUGUCACAGUUUGGAGACUUUUCUGAUGAGAAAAACCUAGCAAGGCGGGCCAGGAAAAUCGCUAUGCUCUUUUCACCGUUAACCAAAACUGUGAAAUUGGCUGAAAGGGACUACAAAGUCGAACCAGAUGUGACAGGUGGAGUUUUCUACUCGUAUACUUUCACCGAUGGAUGUGGUUUCAUGUCUGUAAAAUUCGCUUCCGAAGUGCAAAACGUCUUAAAUCUUGACUACAAGCCUAGUGCCGUCCACGUACGCUACCGAGGAAACGAGGGCAUGUUAGUUCUUAAAGAAGAUCUGAAAGACGUCAAAGUGCAGUUCCACAACUCAAUGCAAAAGUUCCGGGACCCUGAUGGGAAAAAGCCCGAGGUUCUUAAUUUCGUCAAUGUCAUGGAUUAUUCAAGCCCAUACGUCAAUGGUUAUCUCAACUCUAGGAUGAUUAUGUUGCUGGAAGAACGAGGUGUGUCAGCCCAGAAUCUAGAGGCCUUACAAGAUGGCUACCAUGAGUUGCUGGAAGGCAUAUGUCGAAAAACCUCAGAGUAUUUCCUGCAGUUAAAGGGAAAGUUUGAUCUUCUGAAGGAAAUCCAAGACAAAGGAAUUGACGAUGACAUAAGAAAGCACCUUCAGCAUUUACAGAGGUGGGAACUGGAAGAAAUGGAGAGAGCUUCGUUCACAAGAGUUCUUGUCCCCAACUCUCGAGAAGUGUUUGCUGUGUGUGAUCCUCUCAACAAGUUGAACUACGGUGAGUGCUACUUCAAUCCUACUGUCGCAGGUGACAAGACAGAAAGUUUUACUGCCGGCCAGAAAUUUGUGGUGAUGCGAAGCCAGUGUUACCAUCCAGGAGAUGUGCGUGUCUUGAAAAUGACCGACAAAAGAGAAGGGUACGAGAAACUGAGGGACUGUCUGGUGUUGCCCGUCAAAGGCUCACGUAAUGUGGGUGGAAACAAAUUCUUCGUCAGCUGGGAUCGAAGCAUCCUUCCAAGCAGAAAAGAGAAACCAUGCAACUAUUCGCUCUCCAUCGCAGCUAAAAUCUCUGCAGCUGCAGCUCACCCUAUCCUAACAGUUACUUCGAAAUUAAAGAGAACGAACCCAAGCAAAGAAGUGAAAGACCGAGAGGAAAUGGAGCAGUAUUUUGCCACACAUUCUGAUCACACAGUAAAAGAGAUCGAACAGGCAUACAUGCAAUGUGCAAUGACAUCAGGCCCUUCAUCCAAACCAUGUCGACAUCUCAGCAAGAUGUUGUACCGAGCCACCACCCUUGGAGAGGAUCUUCAGAAUUUGAAGAAUGAGCUCAACAGCAUGGAACCAGGGAAACCCUCAGGAAGUCUACCUACUUACCAUGAUCCAAAGCACAUAAAUAAAGAUUCGGAUACGAAGCAUGAAAAAAGCGCAAUCAAUGAAGCUUCAAGAGAGCAAGUGAGCCCUACAAGAAAUCAAUCAACAAGGUUAACAGUACCUUUGGAUUCCUACGACAGUGGCUCAGGAGAUUCCUGUCGCCGUGGUGAUAAAAUAUGGAGAAAGAUUGACGAUAAAGCCAAAGAAUUUGUUCACCGUAUGCAGCGUUAA